CUUUCCCCAUUUCCCUUUCUCACCGCCGCAGGGUCGCUGCUCCUGCCCUAGUCUCUUCCCAGCCCACGCCCUCCUUCCUCAUCCCCCCUCCAGAAGCUUGACCGUGGUUGCUAAGGCUGAGGGCAGGCGUUGCCUACCCCCACAACAGUGCGCGAGUAUUACGUCACUUCCGCCGGCUACUCCUUCCAGACCCUGCUCCCCCCCCACUUGUCAAAAGCAAAGUGACCCGCAGAGGUGUUUGCAAGUUCUUGUGCCUGCGACAGGCCCCUUUCGGGGGCGAUUGGGGGGUGGGGAGCUCGGUCCAUUCCCUGGCUGUAAGGGGAGUUUCGUUCACCCGUCGGACAGCCACGGAACUUGGGAGGGAGCCUGGCUUUGCCAAGUGCUGGCAUACACGGGGCCUUCAGGCGUAGAUCGCUGAACGCCCCUGGGGGCCGAGAGGCCUCCCGGGAGACUUUAAAAAGGUGGUCGGGUUGAGAGGGAACCCUGUUUUGUCUCGGACCUCACUUGGGGCCGCGACUGUCCUCCGUGUUCUCACCCGGGAGAUGCUGCUGCGGGUCCGCAGCUCUGGGGCGCUCUGGGGAGCAGAGGUGCCCUCUUGACGCUGACCUGCUCAUUUUCGCCAGGUGCGCGCCUGCUCCCUUGGGGGCGCAGGAGCUUGGGGGCUGCCAUGGCCCCCAGCCAUCUGUCAGUGCGGGAGAUGAGGGAAGAUGAGAAACCCCUAGUGCUGGAGAUGCUGAAGGCUGGUGUGAAGGACACAGAGAACCGAGUGGCCCUCCACGCCCUCACGCGGCCUCCAGCCCUGCUCCUCCUGGCAGCUGCCAGCAGCGGCCUGCGCUUCGUCCUGGCCUCCUUCGCUCUGGCCCUGCUCCUGCCUGUGUUCCUGGCUGUGGCGGCCAUGAAGCUGGGUCUGCGGGCCCGGUGGGGCUCGCUGCCCCCACCGGGUGGCCUAGGGGGACCUUGGGUGGCCGUGCGGGGCUCGGGGGAUGUGUGCGGGGUCCUGGCUCUGGCCCCAGGCUCUAGCGCUGGGGAUGGGGCCUGGGUCACCCGCCUCUCUGUCUCUCGCUGGCACCGCCGCCAAGGUGUAGGCAGGCGGUUGCUGGCUUUUGCCGAAUCUCGGGCUCGAGCCUGGGCAGGUGGCAUGGGGGAGCCCCGGGCCCGGCUCGUGGUCCCGGUGGCCGUGGCCGCGUGGGGUGUGGCAGGGAUGCUGGAGGGCUGCGGCUACCAGGCCGAGGGGAGCUGGGGCUGCAUGGGCUACACGCUGGUGAGGGAAUUCAGCAAGGACCUGUGACUCCAGACCCCAGAGGGAGGAAGCCAGUGCUUAGAGAGCACCUGCUGUGCGCAGGUGCCUUCACACCCUCCCUCUGCCCACUCAGGGCCUGAAAACUGAGGCCGCCAGAAGGCAAGAGACCCCACCGCAGUCUGACAUCUGCCUGUCGUGUUUGAACUUGUCAGAGAGGUCACGCUGUCCAGCCCCUGCUUCGGGUUCUCUCUGCACGGGGAGACCUCCCCGUCUGGCUGCCACGCCUGUGCCACCUGUGCCACGGGCCUGGGGAGAUGUGCGGCGGGAAGAGGGAGGCUAAGCGAGUACGCCCCCCCCCCAGGGUUAGGACGUGGCGGGGGCACCCCACAUGGAACAAGGCCCCUGGGGAACUGGAUGGGGUUGAUGCCUGUGCUUGGAGGGGGUGGGGCUGCAGAAGCAGCAGAGAUGGGGUGAGCAGAGCCUUGGCAGAGGAGGGCUGUCUGUCUGGAGAGAGCUCCAGGGGAGGGGGGCAGUGGGCCCAGGACUACCCGGCCAGGCCAGCCCCUCCCUGGGAAGGUGAGAGCCGAGCGGGGCAGCCAGACCCAUCUGGUUUUUUACACUCGUUUGUUAAUAAAACCUGAAACUGCUGUGA